ACAAGUCCUACCUCUGCUGCUCAACAUUGAGUCCAUCCGUUUUACGAAUCCAAACUCCGCUUCAGCUAUGGCUUCUUCUCUUGCUUGUCUUCUCUUCUCUUUGUUUUUGCUUCCAUAUUCAUUGCUCGCUCAAAGUACAGAUAAUGUAGUGGUGGGAAGAUCACUCACUGCAGGUGAUAAUGGAGCACAACCAUGGAUUUCACCUUCAGGUGAUUUUGCUUUUGGGUUUCACCAGCUUGAGAAAAAAGAUCUUUACUUGCCUGCUAUAUGGUAUAACAAAAUUCCCACCAAAACCAUAGUCUGGUAUGCAACUACUGAAUAUGAACCUGCAGUUGCACCACCAAGAUCCAAGCUAGAGCUCACUGCUGAUCGAGGGCUUGUUCUUACUAGCCCUCAAGGCGCAGAGAUCUGGAAAUCUGGUAUCAAUUUGGGAGAAGCUGCUAAUGGUUUCAUGAAUGAUACAGGAAACUUCAUAUUAUCAAAUUCAGGUUCUGAAAUUUUAUGGGAGAGCUUUGAUUAUCCAACUGAUACAUUGUUGCCUGGACAGACACUGGAGAGGGGUGGCCAAAUACUGUCUUCUAGACUGACAGAGACCAACUUCUCCCGGGGAAGGUUUCAGUUUCGUUUGAUUCCAGAUGGGAAUGCUGUGCUUAAUACCAACAAUUUGCCCACUGGUUAUACAUAUGAAGCCUAUUUCUGGAGCAAUACUGUAGAUUCUAACAUAUCAAACGCUGGGUUGCGAGUGGAAUUCAAUGAUUCAGGUUACUUGUAUGUAUUGCGAGCAAGCGGUAAACGAGUGCUCCUCACUCAAGGAAGAGUUGUCUCAGCUGCAGAAAAUUAUCACAGAGUAACUCUCAAUUUUGAUGGGGUCUUCGUACAGUAUUCGCACCCCAAGGAUUCCACUGGCAAUGGAGGAGAUUGGUCUGUUAUUCGUGCGAUGCCAGAUAAUAUCUGUACUGGCAUUAACGGAAAAGAAGGAACUGGGCCUUGUGGCUUUAAUGGUGUCUGCCAACUGGGCACUGAUCAGAGGCCAAUUUGUAGCUGCCCAGAAAGAUUUUCCUUAAUUGAUCCAAAUGAUGCUCAUGGAGGCUGCAGACCCGAUUUUUAUUCUCAAUUUUGUGAAGAAGAUGUGUCUAAUUUCCCGGAAGAUUUUGAUUACUUGGAGCUAGAAAACACUGAUUGGCCAACUUCUGACUAUGAGAGGUAUACGCCUUAUAAUGUGGAAGAGUGUCGGAAAGCUUGUAGUGAAGAUUGCUUCUGCAACGUAAUUGUGUUUAGAGAAGGAAACUGCUGGAAGAAGAAGCUGCCGCUUUCAAAUGGUAGGCGAGAUGGAGAUGUUAAUGGAAAGGCAUUUAUAAAAAUAAGAAAGGGUAAUUAUACAAUAAGAGGAGGUCCUUCUCUAUCACCCAAUGAAAAGAAGAACAAGGAUAGUUUGGUCCUUAUGUUUUCUGUGCUCUUAGGAAGCUCUGUGCUCAUCAACAUUGUAUUGAGCUUUUAUCAUUUGUUCCUCGUCCACCUCAAAAAAUCCAAAAGGAUCCCUCAAGUUGCAGAAACAGCUGCAGAAUCCAAUUUGAGGUGCUUUACCUACAAGGAGCUCUUUAUGGCAACAAAUGGCUUCAAAGAAGUUGUAGGAAGGGGAGCUUUUGGCGUUGUUUAUAAAGGGAUAGUAGAAAUGGGUACUAAAGUUCCAGUUGCUAUCAAGAAAUUGGACAAAAUAGUUGAAGAAGGUGAGAAAGAAUUCAAGACUGAAGUUAAAGUGAUUGGCCAAACACACCACAAGAAUCUAGUCCAGCUUGUAGGAUUUUGUGAUGAGGGACAACAUCGGUUAUUAGUGUACGAGUUCAUGAUCAAUGGAACGCUGGCAAACUUCCUUUUUACAAAGGCAAAACUCAAUUGGAAUCAGAGAACCCAUAUAGCAUGUGGAAUUGCUAGAGGACUUGUAUAUCUACAUGAAGAGUGUAGCACUCAAAUUAUCCAUUGCGAUAUCAAGCCUCAAAAUAUUUUGCUAGAUGACUAUUACAAUGCCAAGAUUUCGGAUUUUGGAUUGGCAAAGCUUUUGUUGUUGGAACAGAGCCAAACGUUUACUGCUAUCAGAGGAACCAAAGGAUAUGUUGCACCAGAAUGGUUCAGGAACAUGGCUGUCACAGUAAAGGCCGAUGUGUACAGCUUUGGAGUCUUAUUGUUGGAGAUAAUUUGCGGUCGGAAGUGUGUGGAUACAGAAGUUAGUGUAGAGAGAGAACUUCUAAUGGACUGGGCUUAUGAUUGCUACCAAGAAGGAACAAUAACUGAUUUGGUUGAAGAUGAUGAGGAAGCCAUGACUGAUAUGAAGAAGCUUGAGAGGUUUGUGAUGGUUGCGAUUUGGUGCAUUCAGGAAGAUCCUGCUUUAAGACCAACCAUGAAAAUGGCUGUCCUGAUGCUUGAAGGUAUUGUUCAAGUUACUCCUCCGCCGUGUCCUUGUCCAUUUAGCACGGUGGUUAGUUGAAAAUUCAUCCCUUCAGACUCUAAGAGCAAGUUCUAGCAUAUUGAGAUUUUUUUU